AUGCGGUACGUCUCCACCCGAGGCGGCACUCAUAAGUGUUCCUUACACGCCGCCUCCUUAUUGAAUCUCCCGAACGACCAAGGUUUGUUCGUCCCGCAGAUGAUUCCGAAACUCAAUCGCGCGCAACUGAAACGCCUUCGCGGUUUAGGAUUUGAAGAUUUAGCGUUCGAGAUUCUGCGCUUAUUCAUCACCGAAACGGACGUUCCGAAAGAGAAGUUACGGUCGAUCGUGAAGAAGUGUUACAAAGGGUUCGAGGAGAGCGAUAUCGUGGUGCCUUUGGUCGUUUUAGACGAAGAUAGUGAUGAUGAUGACGAUGAGAAGAAGAAGAGUAAAAAGAGUAAAAAAUCUUCCGAAACGAAAGUGCAAAUUCACGUGGCGGAGUUAUUCCACGGACCGACGCUUUCGGUGAAAGAUAUUUCGCUCGCGUUCGCGGUGCAGAUGAUUGAGUUUUUUUUGAGCAAAAAACACGAACGCGCGAACGUGAUCGUAGCGACGACGGGAGAUACCGGGCCGGCAACGCUGGAUGCGAUUGAAAAGUUCGGGAACAAUCGCAUUGAUUGUUGGUGUCUGUACCCGAGCGGGAAGAUUUCGAAAGCGCAGGAAAGGCAGAUGACGACGAAGAGAGGUGACAAUGUGAACGCGAUUGAAGUGAAAGAGUGCGAAAGAGGGUGCGACGAUAUCGACGACGUGUGCUCGAAGAUCUUUGCGGACGAGGAGUUUGUGCAAAGGAACGGGAUCACGUCGUUGAAUAGCUGUAACAUUUUGAGGAUUUUAGCGCAACUGCCUCAUUUUUUUUGGUGUUAUUUUAGAACCAUGCACGGGAAGACGACAGAGGAGGAGAUUGAGAACCACACGAUGACGUGCGUGGUGCCGACUGGGGCGAUGGGACACGCAUUCACCGCUCAGCUAGCUCGAGAGAUGGGUUUGCCCAUGACGGAAGUGGUUUUAGCGACCAACGCGAACGGAGCUGCGCACGAGAUUGCGAUGACUGGUGAGAUUGUAAAAAAGAGCAAAGCAGAGAAGACAGUCGCGUCGGCGAUGGAUUGCGUGAUGCCAUAUAACUUGUGGCGAGUUGUAUAUUAUUGCGCGGAAGGUGAUACCGAAAUUUUACGGAGGAUUCAAGAUACGUACGAAUUUUACGGACACGCGACGUUGCCGAAGAAAGUUUUGAGAAAUUUCAGAGAGACAUUUUUGACCGCGGAGGUGUCGGAUUACGACACUUUUGAGAGCAUGAAAUAUAACUUGGACGUGCACAAAUACUUGGCAUGUCCGCACACGGCAGUAGCUUUACAUGCAGCGCAAUCGAUGGGUUUGAACAACCACGACGGUGAAAAUGCUCUCGUCGUUCUGGCGACGGCGCAUCCGGGCAAAUUCAUAGACGCGGUUCAAACAGCUCUCGAGACGGAGGAUGUUCCGAAAAUGGCAAAACACAAAACCCUCGAAGAUGCGAAAAUGUCUUUCCAGCGCAAACGAGAGACGAACUUGGAGAAUUUAGAGAUUGCUUUACGAACCGAUAUCGAUGCGACGUCUCGAGCCAGACGAGGCAGGUACGUCAAUUUGACCAAAGAGAGAGCGGCGGGAGUUCUACACGAGAAGUAUUUGAGAGGCAACGAACCCGCCAUUCCAUCGUUUUCGGUGAGCAACCAACAAGACGACCAAAACCCAACUAGUAGUAGCCAAAUGGGUCAAAUUCGUUCCUCGACGACACCGCCGUCCGCGAAAAAUGCUGCCGCCGCCCCCGCGAAUAGUAGCGCUCGCGCGGAUGAAGAAGACGAAGACGACGAAGAAGAAGUCACGUCCAAGAAGAAGAAACCGAAAUCCAAAACCAAACAACAACUGGAACUGGAACAACUAAAAUGGACGAGAUGGACGCGCCGUCUCUCCAUCCUCGCCGCCUGUGUCUCCUUCCACCUCGUCCUCCGCGACCCGAACCGCAAAAACGACAUACCCUUCGUCGACGCAUUCGGUAAAAAAGCCAACGCGUUUGUCGAAGAGAAAAAGAAAGAGAUUGAAUCUCUUCUCGAGAAGAGAAAAGAGGAAAAGAAACAAAGACAAAAACGCGGGAAAAACGAAAAGAGUGAAACGUUGUUGAUCGAACCAAAAGUGUACAUCAGGGAAAGAAUAGGGAAAGCCAGGCCGCAGAAUCCCGCGUUCGAUGUCGCUCGGUAA